AUGUUGUCGACGGCGGCCGGCUGCUUUGGCUUCGAACAGUGGCGAGAUAUGCUCCGUGAAAAUUGCGAAGCAAACCGUAAACGAGAAAUUGCACUUGCGCAAGCGCGAGAGGAAGUCAGCGAAAGUAUGACAGACUGGUUUUCAUUAAGAAAAAUAUUUUCGGAAAUUUUAUUAAAAAAAUUUUCGAUGGAAACGCCUGAUUUGUGA